CUGAGGCAGCACACACCGGCCGCAGUGGUUGACAUAGAAACAAGUGAUAAUGUCUGCCCCGUGCAUGUGCUCUCACAAUUUCAUUCCUUGAGACGCAGCAUUUCGGAAAAGGACGCCGGUUAUUCCUCACAGACACUUGGUGAUAAUGAAGAAAUAAACCACUUCAUCACUCAACCUCUACAAACUGUCUUAAACCCCACGGGCCCUUGAACCCAAACACCAUCAAACUUGUAGCCGGGUAAAGACAACGUUACAAAAGUGACUCUUCACAGACGCCCGCCCUGCCCUUCCAGCCCGCCAACCGAAAAGACUUUCCACCCUUCGCCCCUGAUUGCUUUAUCAAAUGCCCAAAAACAGCAAGGCCGUCAAGAGAGAGCUUGACGACGAUGUCACAGAGUCUGUCAAAGACCUGCUUUCCAACGAGGACGCCUGCGACGAUUCCUUCAAGAAGAGCUCGCUGAUCGUCAACAACCAUGAAGGGGAAGGGAAAGAGUGCGAUGUGGAGGAAGGGGGCUCGGAUGGCGAGGAGGAGGAGCGCCCGGCCUGGAACAGCAAGCUCCAGUACAUCCUGGCCCAGGUUGGCUUCUCUGUAGGCCUGGGUAACGUCUGGAGGUUCCCCUACCUGUGUCAGAAGAACGGAGGGGGAGCGUACCUGGUGCCCUAUUUCAUCCUGCUGGUAUUGAUUGGCAUCCCGCUGUUCUUCCUGGAACUCGCCGUGGGACAGCGGAUCCGCAGGGGCAGCAUUGGGGUGUGGAACUACAUCAGCCCUCGGCUAGGGGGCCUCGGCUUUGCCAGCUGCGUGGUGUGCUUCUUUGUGGCUCUCUACUACAAUGUCAUCAUCAGCUGGAGUCUCUUCUACUUCUCCCAGUCCUUCCAGCAACCUCUGCCAUGGCAUGAGUGUCCACUCGUCAAGAACAAGACCAGUACAUAUGUGGUGCCGGAGUGUGAGAAGAGCUCGGCCACCACCUACUACUGGUACCGCGAGGCCCUGGACAUCUCUAACAGCAUCUCCGAGGGUGGAGGACUCAACUGGAAGAUGACGGUGUGCCUGCUGGUCGCCUGGUCCAUGGUUUGCCUCGCCAUGAUCAAGGGAAUCCAGUCCUCUGGGAAGGUGAUGUACUUCAGCUCCCUGUUCCCAUACCUUGUGCUGAUCUGCUUCCUGAUUCGGGCUCUGCUCCUGAAGGGCUCCGUGGAUGGGAUUCGACACAUGUUCACACCCAAGUUGGAGAUCAUGUUGGAGGCCAAGGUGUGGCGGGAGGCGGCGACGCAGGUCUUCUUCGCGCUGGGUCUCGGCUUCGGCGGCGUCAUCGCCUUCUCCAGCUACAACAAGCGGGACAACAACUGCCACUUUGACGCCGUCUUGGUGUCUUUCAUCAAUUUCUUCACCUCCGUGCUGGCCACCCUCGUGGUGUUUGCCGUGCUGGGCUUCAAGGCCAACAUCAUGAACAGCAAAUGCGUCGCACUGAACACCAAUAAGAUUGUGGCGUUGCUGGGUAAUGGCAUUGAAGAAAGCCUGAUCCCCCACCACAUCAACCUCACUCAGGUCAGUCAAGUCAGUGCUGAGGACUACAAUCUGAUGAUAGAGAUCAUCAAAGGGGUGAAGGAGGACGAGUACCAGAAACUGGGACUGGAAUCCUGCAGCAUUGAGGACGAGCUCAAUAAGGCGGUCCAGGGCACGGGCUUGGCCUUCAUCGCCUUCACAGAGGCCAUGACCCACUUCCCGGCCUCGCCCUUCUGGUCCGUCAUGUUCUUCCUCAUGCUGGUUAACCUCGGCCUCGGCAGCAUGUUCGGCACCAUCGAGGGCAUCCUCACUCCGCUGAUCGACACGUUCAAGGUCCGCAAGGAAUUUCUUACAGUGGGCUGCUGUGUGUUGGCCUUCUCCAUCGGUCUCCUGUUUGUUCAGCGCUCAGGGAACUACUUCGUGGCCAUGUUCGACGACUACUCGGCUACUCUGCCUCUGCUCAUAGUGGUCGUACUGGAGAACGUGGCCAUCGCUUGGUUUUACGGGAUUGAUAAGUUCUUUGAAGACCUGAAGGACAUGCUGGGCUUCACGCCGUUCCGUUUCUACUACUACAUGUGGAAGUACAUCACGCCCAUCCUGCUGCUGGUUCUCCUGUGCUCCAGCUUCAUCCAGCUGACCAUGACGCCGCCCAGCUAUAGUGCCUGGAUACAGGAAGAGGGCAAAGAGCAGACCUUGCACUUCCCUCCGUGGGGCAUUGUAGUCUGCAUCUCCCUGGUGGUGAUGGCCGUCAUGCCUGUGCCUGUGGUCUUCGGCCUGCGCUACUUCAACAUCAUCGACGAGAACACCAGCGGCCUUUCCACCGUGUCCUACAAGAAGGGCCGCAUCAUCAAAGAGACCGCCCGACCGGGGGAGGACGACGACACCAGCCUGAUCCGCGGCAAGUCGCCCAGCGAGGCGCCCUCACCGUUGCCGGGCAACAGCAUCUACCGCAAGCAGAGCGGCGGCGGUGGCCCCGAUGCGGACACCGCACCCAACGGCCGUUACGGUAUUGGUUACUUGAUGGCCGACAUGCCGGAUAUGCCCGAGUCAGACUUAUAGACUGACUGUAAUAGUAAGCCCUGCCCGGCCAUACCGGCUGGCCACUCCUCCCCUCCACCCCUCUGCGUGCGUUUAGUUGCCUGUAUCAUCAAUGUAUAUUUCACUUGUACUGUAUAUUCCUUGUAGAUAUCGUAGCUGCUCUCUAUUUGUUGUCUCUGAACCUUAUAUGAUUGUCUACCUUAAAAAAAAAAAAAAAAAAAAAA